AAAUACCCUUGGAAGGAGCAAAUAUUAUCCAAUCCCACAAACACGACCUCUAAGUAAUGGAAGUUCCUUCUUGGCUUGUUCUAUCCAUAGCAUGGCUAGCUUCUCUAGCCUUUCUCUCAAAAAUUUUCACUGGCCGUCGCAACAAAAUAAAGUUGCCACCAGGACCCAAACCCUGGCCUAUCAUUGGCAACCUGAACCUCAUUGGUUCCCUCCCGCACCAAUCUCUUCACAAACUAUCCCAACAAUAUGGACCAUUAAUGCAGCUCAAGUUUGGUUCUUACCCUGUUGUGGUCGCAUCAUCUGCAGAUAUGGCUAGGCAAUUCCUGAAGAAACAUGACCAAAUCUUUGCUUCUAGACCCCAAACUGCCGCCGGCAAGUACACUACUUAUAACUACAGCAAUGUCACAUGGGCUCCUUAUGGACCAUACUGGCGCCAAGGCCGUAAAAUUUUCCUGAAUGAGCUAUUCAGCUCGAAAAGACUUGAGUCCUUCGAGUACAUCCGUGUCGAGGAAAGGCGUGCUUUUGUCUCCCGCCUGUAUGCGUUAUCAGGGAAGCAUGUUGUGCUUAAAGAACAGCUCUCGCGUUUUACUCUCAGUGUUAUAAGCAGAAUCGUGUUGGGAAAAAAAUACUUCAGUGAGUCUGGUGAUCAGCUUGAAACUUCAAUAGUGAGUCUGGAAGAGUUUCAAGAGACUCUAGACGAGUUAUUCUUGCUUAAUGGAGUGUUGAAUAUUGGGGACUGGAUGCCUUGCCUAGGCUUCUUGGACUUGCAGGGCUACGUAAAACGAAUGAAGGCUUUAAAGAAAAAACUUGAUCGAUUUCACGAGCAUGUGUUCGAUGAACAUAAGAGAAAAAAGAAAGAAUCGAAGGAUUUUGUGCCCCAAGACAUGGUGGAUUUACUGUUGCAGUUAGCUGAUGAUCCUGAUAUUGAUGUUAAGCUCACUUAUGAUGGAAUCAGGGGGUUCACCCAGGACCUGGUAGCUGGAGGCACAGAUACCUCAGCAACAAGUGUGGAAUGGGCAAUCUCUGAACUCAUCAAACAACCACAACUCAUCAUAAAGGCAACCGAAGAGCUAGACAGAGUCAUUGGCAGAGAGAGAUGGGUAGAAGAGAAAGACAUCCCACAACUUCCUUACAUAGAUGCAAUCAUGAAAGAAACAAUGAGGAAACACCCGGUUGCUGUAAUGCUAGCACCACACUUGGCCCUGGAAGAUUGUAAUGUGGCUGGAUAUGAUAUUCGCAAAGGAACUACAGUCUUCAUCAAUACUUGGAGCAUGGGGAAAGACCCGUUACUGUGGGAAGAACCUGAGGAGUUUCGCCCUGAGAGGUUCUUAGGGAAGAAAAUUGAUGUCAAGGGGCAAAACUUUGAACUAUUGCCAUUCGGUUCUGGGAGGAGGAUGUGCCCUGGCUACAGCCUUGGACUAAAGAUGAUUCAAUCAAGCUUAGCAAACUUGUUACAUGGGUUUAACUGGAAAUUGCCUGACAAUACUAAAGCAGAAGAUUUGAGCAUGGAAGAAGUUUAUGGAUUGGCAACACCAAGAAAGUUUCCACUUGUUGCAGUUUUGGAGCCUCGUCUCCCGCUUCAUCUUUAUAAAAUCUAAAUUCCACAUAAUUCUGGGUACUUUUCUUCUAGGAUUUCAUCAUAUUUCCCACCUAUGAAGUCUCCUCUGCCACAAAUGAAUGUUCUAUUGUCAUGUUUGUAUCCUCUUUAGCUGUUUGAUUAUGAAAUAAGAUGUAUCCAUUAUGAAAUAUGGUUGUUUUCUUCCCCAACAUAUUUGCACCCUUUGAGGCGCUGCCAAAGAAUUUGUAAUCUGAAGAAUAUUAUAUUUUGAAAUUCAAAACCUGCUUUCUCCCUCAAUUUAAUUAAUUAUUGACACGUUAUUAUCAAAACGAUCAUAAGAAAUCGGAAACCUGAAACAGAUAU